GUCGUGAAGAGUUACUGACAUACUGUCCACCUGGAGCAACACUAUAUUGAGUAUAUUCGUCAUGUCAAUUUCGCCUUUGAAGGUUGUGGUAUGUGGUGGUGGAAAUGGCGCCCACGUUUUCUCAACGCUUGCUUCUACUCGUGCAGACACUCACGUUAGUGUUUUGACAAUAUUUGAAGACGAAGCUGAAAGAUGGACACAAACCAUGAAAAGCGAUAUGGUUGUAUCCUUUCCUGCGGAAUCGAUUCAAUUAAAGUCAAAACCAUCUUUGAUCACAAAGGAUCCAGCAGUUGUGAUUCCGGAAGCUGACGUCAUAGUCAUCGUUGUUCCGUCAUAUGCGCAUGGCCCGGUAUUGCAAGCUAUUCUACCAUACUGUAGACCAAACACGUUCAUAGUUGGCAUGCCAGGACAUCCUGGUCUAGACUUUCAAUUUACACAUAUAUUUGGGAGCAAGGCAAAACAGUGUACUCUAGCUGUGCUAGAAACGCUUCCAUGGGCAUGUCGAAUAAUUGAGUUUGGUGCGCAUGCCCAGGUUCUUGGUAUAAAAGAGAAAGUUGGAACUGCUUUGGUGCAAGGUGAAAGUUGCAACAUCCCGUUUGACUGUAUUAGCACACUCCAGCUGCUGAUUGGCGACAAGCCACGUCUAAAUGUAGUACAAAAUAGUUUAGUCGUGAAUCUAAUGGCGAAAACAAUGAUUCAUCCUCCAAUUAUGUACGUUAAGUGGAGGAACUGGAAUGGUAAACCUCUCACAGAAAAACCGCUGUUUUAUCAGGGAAUGGAUGACGCUCAGGCAGACCUGUUGACUCAAAUCAGCGAGGAAGUAUUACUCAUAUCUCAAACUAUCAAAAACAAAACUUCCCUUGAUAUUUCACCGAUUACUCAUAUUCAGGACUGGAUAAAGGAAUACUAUGCCGAUCAAGUGAAGGAUGGAAGUUCACUGAAGCGUGCCUUUCAGACCAAUGAAGCAUACAACGGCCUGGUGCAUCCAAUGAAAGAUGCGGAAGGAGGAGGUUAUGUUCCUGACUUCUCUUAUCGCUAUACCCGUGAAGAUAUCCCGUUCGGAUUGGUAGUUCUUAAAGGAAUUGCCGUGAUUGUCAAUGUCCCGACUCCAGCUAUGGAUACCGUAAUUAGCUGGGCACAAGAGCGCCUCGGGAUGGAGUAUAUCGUUGGAUCAGAACUCCGUGGUCGUGAUUUGUCUCAGACAAGAGCCCCUCAGGUGUUUGGUAUUCAUACAGUCGAACAGCUUUUGUUGCCAGGUCAAUGCUGACUCGUUGUUUAAUAUAGUUAAUCAGAUUCCAGUUGAAAGAUAUCAAAACAAUGUUUGACGUAUAGAAAUAUUAUUUAACCAGAGUUCAUUAAUCGUUCUGACUAUAGGAAGAUAUGAUGGAUAUUAAUGUUUUACAAAGACUAAUCAGAUGGGAUGUAAUCGUGGAUGGAUAGUCAGAGAAAUGACAACUCGUUAAAAUUUUGAAUUACAAUAAUUUAUAUAUUUAUCAAUAUGUCUUGAUUAUUGCUACUUUGAUCAUUCGGACAUUUCCUGAAAAUCGUCAGUAUUUCAAGUGAAUUUAUUGUCUCUUUUAGCUAUGGACUAAGUAAAGACACUAUUCUGUGAAAGAAAGAAAUUUAGUUAUUGCCGAAUAUGUUUCAAUAUGCAACUAAAUACAUAAUUUGUAAUAAGAUUUCUUGACAAAUCAGAAUGGCUAUGUUUUUAGUAUAGAGGACCCUUUGUCAUUUUGGUAAUUAGAGGUACUAGUUUGUCAUUUUGGUAAUUAGAGGUACUAGUUUGUCAUUUUGGUAA